AUGCAGCCUUGUAGUAGAGAAAUGCAAGGGAUGAACUCACUCUUAAACUCAUCGUCGCAAAUCCCUCUCCAAGACCUUCAAAACCAACAGAUCCAACACUCUCACUUUGAUCCCAAUUCAUCAUCACAUGAUGAUUUUCUUGAACAAAUGUUGUCUACAAUCCCUUCUUCUUGUUCUUGGGCUGACCUCAAGUCUCCUUGGGACCUUAACCCCCCAACAAACCUCACUGUGCCCAUGAAUAACAACAACUCUUCAGCCAAACCUAGAGACUUGUCUGAUGAAACAGCACCAUCUAAUACUGACAAUAAUAACGUUGAGUUUCUUAAUAACUUUGACGAGUCUGUAAUUUUGGCUUCUAAGCUGAGACAACACCAGAUCAGCGGUGGUGGUAAUGGUGCUGCUGCUGCGGCCGCUGCUAAAAUGAUGCUACAGCAGCAGCUUCUGAUGGCUGCUGCCAGAGGCGGGCUCUCUCCAAACGACGUCAUGGAUGGUUCUUCCUUUAAGUCUACCACUCAGGGAGGAGAUGGUUCAAUGCAAGGACUGUUUAAUGGAUUUGGCGCUGGAUCUAUGAACGGAACUGCUCAGGCACCGAACCAGUCCAUGCAACAUUUUAAUCAUCCUCAGGGAGGAGCUAUGCAGUCACAGAACUUUGGUGCUCAAGGGGCAGCCACCACGGCGGUGAUGAACCAACCUCAAGCAAGUGGCUCGAAUGGCGGUACACCAGCUCAACCUAGACAAAGGGUUAGGGCUAGAAGAGGUCAAGCCACUGAUCCACAUAGCAUAGCUGAAAGGUUACGAAGGGAGAGAAUUGCAGAAAGAAUGAAAGCUCUGCAAGAGUUGGUACCUAAUGCCAACAAGACAGACAAGGCUUCAAUGCUUGAUGAGAUCAUCGACUACGUUAAAUUCCUCCAGCUCCAAGUCAAGGUCUUGAGCAUGAGCAGAUUAGGCGGUGCAGCUGCUGUUGCCCCACUUGUUACUGAUAUGUCCUCUGAGGCUGGUGGUGACUGUAUCCAAGCCAACACUAAUGGUGGGUCUCUCACGCGUACCUCUAACGGCAACCAAACGGCAUCAACUAACGACAACGGCUUAACGGUGACGGAGCACCAGGUGGCUAAGUUGAUGGAAGAGGAUAUGGGCUCAGCCAUGCAGUAUUUACAAGGCAAAGGGCUUUGUCUCAUGCCCAUCUCACUUGCAACUGCUAUUUCGACUGCCACGUGUCAUAACAGGACCCCCGUUAUCAACAACAACAAUCACCACCCGUUGCUCCAAUCCAACGGUGAAGGGCCAACCUCACCAAGCAUGUCUGUUUUGACCGUCCAGUCAGCUACUAUGGGUAACGGUGGAGGUGAUGGUGGUGCUGUGAAAGAUGCUGCUUCCGUUUCCAAGCCGUGA